UCACCAUCUACACGAGGAAUUUGGGAUACACCAAAGUCAUGAGCAUCGUCGAGCAAAUGGUUCAUCACAUCUCCGAGGAGAAUCCUGAAUGGACAGUUGCAGAGAGAUCGGCGUGGAUUGACAGUCUCCAGGUCUUCGGUUUCAGCAGGGCUAUUCAAGUCUUCGGAUUAAAUCAAUUUAAAAAGAGUUGCGCCAAGAUAUCGAAAGGCUGUAAUUGCGUUCUCGCGAAUUAUAUUUCCCCACACAGCACAGUUUCUAAAUCCGAAAUUGCUUUCUCUUUGUUUGCAUCGUGCAUCGCGCAUCGUGCCUCGCGAGCAAAUCUCUUUUCUCAAAAUAAUGUUAAAUAAAUUGUUAAAAUACUGUGAAAUACUACUGUUAAAUAAAU